AUGGAAAAACUCAAAAAGGGAGACCACAAAAAGCCAAGAAUCAAAAAGAAAUUAAUCCGAGAAGGUGACAGUAACGAAAAUGGUGCGUGCGUGAAAAGAGAGAGCUCAGGCAGUGCCAACAGAUCUACCAUGGGAGAUGAAGACGACGAUGAAGUUGAUUCUGAGAAUAAACAUGAUGACGUUAUGAUCAGCGGCCAUCAUGAGCACAUGAGGCAGAUGGACCAAAUGUUCAUGAAUCCAUUUGGUGGCUUCGGUGGAGGCAUGCUGGCUCUGCCAGACCCCUCUAGGACAGACAGACGUCGGCAGCAGCAGCAGGCUCAGAACAUGCAGGUGGCCGAGCGCAACUUGUUCAUGGAUCCAUUCUCUCAUUUUGACUCCAUGUUUUCCAACAUGAGGUCAAUGAUGACUGACAUGCAUCGUGCAUUUGAUCAGGUAGCCACUGACCCCAAUGCCCAUGUAUACCAGCAGCAGUCCUUCAUGUCCUACAGUAAUACAGGUAACGGAGCUCCUCAAGUCUACCAGGCAGUGGCAUCAAGUAGACAGGCGCCUGGCGGGGUGAAAGAAACCAGAAAGGCAGUGCGUGACUCGCAAACAGGAGUGGAGAAGGUUGCUGUCGGCCAUCACAUCAAUGACCGUGCACAUAUAAUUGAGAGAAGCCGCAACAACAGAACAGGAGAGCAGAAUGAGAACCAGGAGUAUGUGAAUCUGGAUGAAGAGGAAGCACAGCCUUUUGACCGAGAAUACCAGGAGAAAUUCCAUGCAGGGAUGGCUAACAUGGGUGCACGAGGUAUAGAGCACAGGAGAAGGGGAGACAAGUCACGGGCGCUGACCUCCGAGACACCCUACCACAGAUCCCGCCACGCAGCUCUCCCUGAACCUCCUCGCAGCAGAAAACCCUCCAGCAGCAAACGAGAGUAG